CUGUGAAAGGAGAGUUACUGCUGAGGCUGGGUGUGUGAGGGAGCGAUACUGAGAGGAAAGUUUGUGUAGGAAAGGUAGAAAAAACCUUUUUAAAGUAGUAGAAGAAGAGAAAGAUGGGUAAAGACGGAUCUGAAUAGAGAGAUCAACUUUGUCUCCAUUUACGUCUGAGAGUGGUUGAGCUACUGGAGGUACAUAUAUUACUAUAGUGCUUCACUAGAACAGACAGUGAGGUCAUCAGUGAGCGCUGCCAAUGCCGGGGUUGUGUCAGCCCAGUGGGUGCUGCAUAGCACCCCUGUUGUUUCGCUGCGAGGGGGGAGAGCAUGAGGACGACGACCAACUCAGCCACGAUGACCAACUGGAGUCCAGUCACAUUGAGAAGUUACAGGAGGGCUGCCUGGUGAGACAGAAAAGUGUGAAGGAGGGAAUCCUGUUAAAGCAGACCAGUUCUUUCCAGAGGUGGAAGAGGAGGUACUUCAAACUCAGAGGGAGGACCCUCUACUAUGCCAAAGACUGCAAGUCCCUGAUUUUUGACGAAGUGGACCUAUCCGAUGCCAGUGUGGCCGAGACCAGCACCAAGAAUAUCAACAACAGCUUCACGGUGAUCACUCCAUUUCGCAAACUAAUGUUAUGCGCCGAGAGCAGGAAGGAAAUGGAGGACUGGAUCGGCGCUCUCAGAUCCGUCCAAAAAUGGGAAACCUAUGAGGCCAGCCAGUUCAACAUGGAGCAUUUCUCUGGGAUGCACAACUGGUAUGCCUGCUCGCACGCCAGACCGACCUUCUGCAACGUCUGCAGGGAGGCUCUGCCAGGCGUCACCUCCCACGGCCUGUCCUGUGAAGUUUGUAAAUUCAAGGCUCAUAAGCGCUGUGCAGUUCGCUCCACCAACAACUGCAAAUGGACCACACUGGCCUCCAUAGGAAAUGACAUUAUCGAGGAUGAGGAAGGGGUGUUCAUGCCCCACCAGUGGCUGGAAGGCAACCUGCCGGUCAGUGCCAAAUGUGUGGUGUGUGACAAGAACUGUGGCAGCGUGCGGCGGCUGCAGGACUGGCGCUGCCUCUGGUGCAAAGCCAUCGUCCACAACAGCUGUAAAGAACAAAUGGGGAAGGUGUGUCCCUUGGGUCAAUAUCGAGUGUCAAUCAUCCCUCCCACUGCACUUAACAGCAUCGACUCAGAUGGCUUCUGGAAGGCCACCUCAGCGUCGUGCUCCAGUCCUCUCCUGGUCCUGGUCAACUCUAAAAGUGGAGACAACCAGGGGGUUAAGUUCCUCCGCAAGUUCAAGCAGCUCCUCAACCCGGCUCAAGUCUUUGACCUGAUGAACGGAGGACCAGAGCUCGGCCUGCGCCUUUUCCAGAAGUUUGUGACGUUUCGUAUCCUGGUGUGCGGAGGAGACGGCAGCGUGGGCUGGGUGCUCUCAGAGCUGGAUAAACUCAACCUCCAUAAACAGUGCCAGCUCGGCGUGCUGCCUCUGGGCACAGGCAACGACCUGGCUCGUGUUCUGGGCUGGGGAGGCCUCUGUGAUGACGAUGCCCAGCUGCUGCAGAUCCUGGAGAAGCUGGAGAGAGCCACCACCAAAAUGCUGGACCGAUGGAGUGUGAUGACGUACGAGGUGCCAACCACCACUAAACGCACACCCAUAGUGAAAGAAGACGACAGCCUCGAUUCUCCUCUGCAGGUCCACAUCACUCAGUAUGCAGACUCCGUGGCCUCCCACCUCGCCAAGAUCCUGGACUCGGACAAACACAGUGACGUCAUUUCCUCUGCCAAGUUUCUGUGUGGGACGGUGAAUGAUUUCGUGGCGGAGGUGGGGAAGGCGUACGAGAGAGCCACAGAGAACAAGGAGGAGGCAGAUGCCAUGGCAAAGAAGUGUGCACUGCUGAAUGAGAAGCUUGAUUCCCUCGUCAAGGCCUUAAGUGAGGAAGCAGAAGCUCAGGUGGUACCAGCAGGUUCGGUGCCCAGCCAGGAAAGCGGCGGCUCGAGCCCUGGAGAAAGUGGCGGUGAGUCUGGUUCAGAGGGUAAAACGUACCGUUCCAAGGAGCAGCUGAUGCUCAGGGCCAACAGCCUGAAGAAAGCCCUGAGGCAGAUCAUUGAACAGGCAGAGAAAGUGGUGGACGAACAGAACCGACACACGCAGGUCCAGAGGAUGUCGUCCUCGUCCUCCAUCAAAAGAGAAAACAGCGAGGAGCUGAAGGAUGCUGAGCCACGUCAAGGAAGCUUAAGUCCCACCUCCCCCAUUGUCCUUGAGAAACCAGAGAGCCUCCACACCGUCACCUUCAGCGAGGACACUGUACAAUGCUCAGAGAAGUGUGUGAUGAACAAUUACUUCGGCAUUGGCCUGGAUGCCAAGAUUUCCCUUGAGUUCAACAACAAGAGAGAUGAGCACCCUAAAAAAUGCAGCAGUCGCACCAAGAACAUGAUGUGGUACGGAGUGCUGGGGACCAAAGAGCUGGUCCAGAAGACGUACAAGAACCUGGAGCAGAGAGUUCAGCUGGAGUGUGACGGUGUUCCCAUGUCUCUGCCGAGUCUGCAGGGCUUGGCUGUGCUCAACAUCCCCAGCUAUGCAGGCGGUAUCAACUUCUGGGGAGGAACAAAGGAGGAUAAUAACUUCGGCGCUCCGUCGUUUGAUGAUAAGAAGUUGGAGGUGGUUGCAGUGUUCGGCAGCAUGCAGAUGGCCAUGUCCAGAGUCAUCAACCUGCAGCACCACCGCAUCGCACAGUGCCGCCAGGUGAAGAUCACCAUCCUCGGGGAGGAGGGGGUCCCUGUGCAGGUGGACGGAGAGGCCUGGAUCCAGCCGCCUGGCAUCGUCAAGAUCGUCCACAAGAACCGAGCGCAGAUGCUCACCAGAGACAGGGCGUUCGAGAGCACGCUGAAGUCAUGGGAGGACAAGAUGAAAAUUGACAGCUACCGCGCCAGCAGACCCCGCCUUAACUCCCAGCAGUCCAUGGAGUACCUGACGGAGGAGGAGUGCGCUCAGGUUCAGCAGCUGGGCAUCGUGGCCGACACACUCAUCAAUAAGAUCCGUGAGGCAGCCAAGACCCACAAGCUGGUGGAGCAAGAGCUGGCUCACGCCGUCAACGCCACCGCCCUGGUGCUCACAGAGGCCAAACUGUCCAGCCCCGAGUGUCUGAGUCGCAGCACGGCGGUGGAAAUCGUCAACAGCAGUAAAGUCCUCCAGGCUGAGACCAAGAUGCUGCUCGAUGGAAAACUACUGUCGGAGUGUCAUGAGGAAGAGGAGCUUCGGUCGACCCUGAACAGCCUCAGUGCCGAGCUCCACAAGCUGGACGACAUCCACUGGAUCUGUCCGCUCAUGCAGUGCUCCGAGGAGGACUCAGUGAGGGGCAGCAGUAAGAGCAGCGGCAGCAGUAUGAAGUUGAAGAUCAUACCCAAGGUGAAGAAGGAGAGGGAGAAGCUCCACAAGCAGAAGUCCAACAGCUCUCUCUCAGGCAGUCAGUGUGUGGACGUGGGGCAUGUGGCACAGGCAGAAGGACGGCACUUGCUGCAGGAGUGAAAUUGGGAUAUCAAAGGCGGGGCUGGUGAGGCAGAUUCCUCGGGCAAUUGAAGUCCUGCGUGAGGUGCUUUAUUGCUGCCCCCCUGUUACCCUGACAACCAGGGGUGAGGAGCACCCCUCCUGUCCUCCUCCCCUCUCACCGCGAUACCCAGUGGCCUGUGAGAGGUGUGAGGAAGAAAAGGAAAACCAUCUUCCCAACUUUUACGCUAUUUCCUCCCUGCUUCUUUAUCCUUCAUUUUGCAGGGAGGGAGUUUUGUUUCUUCUUCUUCUUCGUCUUUUACGUUCUUGAAGGGGCCUGGCUUUGCAUCGCAUUGCUUCACCAUUGGCAUUUUGCUUCUGGUCCUGUUUACGUGCUUGAGUUUGGAAGUUCGCCUUGGCCAGCAGCGAGUCAAACAAAGGAGAAAGGGAGGCGUGGAACGAAAGCGUUCUCGCAGAUUUUUUUUUUUUUUUUUUUUUUUCUGACAAAGAAAUGUGUUUACAUGGUGCUCUCCUUGCAUGUUGAGUGCAGCCAUCUUAUUUUAUAUCUAUCAUAAGUUGUUACAAUCUUAAUUAUUUUCUCUCUAUCUUGAAUAAUUUCCGAACUUAUGAACAGCCUUUAGACUUUGAUUUUUCUCGCGACUGUCGAAGAAUAUUUAUUUCUUGUUGCUACUGCCAUGAGAACUCAAACGGCAACAAAAUGAACAAACUGAAACAUCUCAACCUUAUCGUCUACUGAACUGGGGAAUAUCUUAAAUGUUGCAAAAAAUGUACUGAGGAAUGUACUUGUGUGGACUUGUAUUAACCUGUGAAUAAUGUUAAAUGAUAAAUCAUAUAAGGUUUCACAAAGGUUCUACUGUUGUGGUUCUAAAGUGGUUCUUAAUAGGUCUUUUUCUGACUUGUGUGAAUUGAGACUUUGCUUUACGAUGAGUCAUUUCAUCUGGAAUUCAACCUUUUGAGUAGAUCUGACUGUGCAGUCAUCACUCAGUUAUUAUCAAGGUCUAAAAUGUGACUCAUGCGGGAUAAAAAAAACUCAUCCCACUGGGUUGAAGAACCAUUUUGAGGUACAGUACCAGAUGAAAUGACUCACAAGAUUAUUUUUUUUGGCAGUGUAUGGUGAAGGUGUUUACGGAAGGAGGAAGCAUCAAGGACACAUUAACAAAACAUAACAGCUACUCAGUAUAUUACUCCUACUUUGCCAUACUCCUGAUUGUAUUUGUAAUAUAGGAAUAAGAGUCAGUGGAUAUUUGAUUUUGCCUUGUCUGUGGUUAAAAGCUAUUAUUAUUAUUAUCAUUAUUAUUAUUACAAAUAUAUUAUCUAUUUUUUUGUAUAUCUUAUUUUCCCAAUAGUAAUCUGUGAAGCUGUCCUGGCUUUGCUGCUUCCCCCUUUGACGAACUCCUCGGCCACUGUGCAUAUAAUCAAAGCCAAUUAAUGCUGUUUUGUGUGUCCCUGCAUGCAUACUUAGCCUUCCUUCGCCUCACAGUGUUGGGCUGAAGUUGCCUCAAAAUAGUAAGUUUUAGCUUGUCGGUUCCGACUAACAGCGUUUGUUUUUGUUUUAACCUGCUUGACGCACCAGAUGGUCUUGAGUUUUACUUCGAAUUAACACUUACUUUGCAAAAAAAUGUCUGUCCAUACUUUGCUGUGUUGUCCAAACUUUAAGAGGAUGUAUUGUUUUCCACCCACAGGGUUCUGCAAGCGGGUUAUAACAAACACCAAGUUUUCAUGUAUCUAAUUAUUAUUAUUUGAUCAAGCCACAGCCAAAGCGGGUAUGUGAAGUUUGGGAACAUGUGGCUUGCUAGAGAUUGCUAAAGUAUUGAUGUUUACGAGUUCUAGAGGCAACUUCUACCCAGGUUUUACGGUAAUGUUCUUGAAAAGAAUGGUCAGUUAUUUUGGGAAAUUCACUUAUUUUCUAUGUUACCACAAGAUAGACAAGAAGAUUUAUAUGUGUUUAUCUCUGUACAAUCAGUAAAGAGAUAGAAAAAGAAAACUCAGACGUGCUAGCUAGCUAGCUGAAAGAAUUGGUCAUUCUCCGUCAAAAGUAAAAUAUGCCUUUUGGGAAAUCUUUUCUUUUUUCUUUUUCUAUGUUACCACAAGGUAGACAAGAACAUUCAUAUGUUUUUCAUCUCUUGACUCAACGAAGAGAUAAAGAAAGCUCCCAGACGUGUUUAGCUUAGGAAACAAAAAUAUGAAAAGUGAAGGUGCUGCAAAAUAGUCAAGAAUAUUCAUAUGUUUUUAAUCUUUGUACAAUCAGUAAAGAGACUGAGAAAGUUAUCAGACACACUUAGCUUAGCAAACAUAAACCUGAGAGAAUUUGACUAUCUCUGUUAAAAGUAAAAAACGUCUUUUUGGAAGUUUGCUUAUUUGCUAUGUUACGGCAAGAUAGGCAAGAAGAUUCAUAUUAUUUUUAAUCUCUAUGCUCUCAGUAAAGAGAUAAAAACUAUAAGCUUCCAGACGUGUUUAGCUUAGCAAACAAAAACCUGAAGGAAUUGAACAUUCUUCGUCAAAAUAAGAACUUCCAAAAUGUACAUGUAUCUUAUUAGCUAGCAAAUAAGUUACCAAGAUAUCUCAGAGUCAGCGGGGGUCUUCUUGUGUUAAAGCCUUUUUGUGUUCAUUUUCGAAGCUAGCAACUCCUAGCUACUCCUGUCCUAGCAACAGCUAGGCGAUACUACUGUAUGCAGUCAAGAAAGCUCCAAUGUGUAAGCCAGUCGCUUGUUAAACAGCAUGUUAUUUUAGUAAAGGUGUUAAAUACGCACAUAUAUUAGAUAAAACAACUUUGUCCGUGUUGGCGCUUUGAUAGCACUAUGCUAGCUGGUUUCCCUGCUUUCAGCGCUUCGUCAUAAGCUAGGCUAAACCAUGGAUGUAUGAAGAGACCUGGAUGCAACGAUCGAGGCAGGGCCAAGGUCAUUCCUAUGAACGUUGUUCAGGGCUGCAUGGAGCCAAAAACAUUUAACUGCCGCAUAUAAAAUUACUCAGAUGAUCGUCACUGCCUUCGCAUCAUUUAGCCCGUAGAGCAGGCACAUAGGGACUCCCAUCGGCCAAGCUGGCUGCUCCGGUUUAGCGCUGUGCUAGCUUGAAUUGAGAUAAAAUGAUUUAUCGUGCAGCUUUUUGAGACUUUCAAAAAUGUUAGCGAACCAAAUGGAUCAAUUUCUGACAGUAAAACGAGUCCUUUUUCAGGGGCUGUGACACAUGACACAGACAUCUCUUUUACAAUGUUACUCUAUGGACAAAAAUCUUUGGCAGCCAAGUGGCAUCACAUGAAGAACUCAGAAACUGUAAUUGUUGGUUUUAGUCCAGGCCCCCAGGAAGCCAAUUUUUGUAGUCACCAAACAUUUGAAUUGCAUCCGUCCAGUGAUGCCCUGUGGCCCAAAAAGAUUUUUUCCAUAGAUAUCAUGGUGAAAUAGACGUCUAUAAUCUAUUGAUAACAUUUUUUUGAGUGUCACAACCAUCUCCAAUGACUUGUUUUAGUAUCAGAAUUUGAGCCAUUUGGUCCGAUACCAUUUUGAAAGUUUAGAGGAGCUGCACAGUUUAUCACUUUAUCCUCAUUCUAGUUAGUGUUAGUGCUAAACAGGAAGUAGCUGGCUCGGCUGGCAGAAGUCAAUGGUGCGCUUGCUCUAUGGGGAGCAGUGCUGAUCAUCAAAGUAGUUUUAUACAUGGCAGUUGAACGUUUAUGGCUUUAUGCACCACUGAGCAACUUUCAUAGGAAUGAAUUAGACCCCGCCUCCAACACGUAUCCAGUUCUCCUUAUACAUCCAUGAGGCUAACUCUUUACUGAAUGGACAGAGAUUGAUUUUUCAUAGUUUGUCCAUGUAUGGCAGCAACAAUUUGAAUUUCUUAAAAUGUCUGAGUGUCGCUUUAAAGGUUUUAAUUAACAAGAUGUAAUAAAGAAGUAAUGUUCACUAGUCAGGAUAUAAUAUGAGUGAAAUACCAGCUACAAAUGUCCCAUAGGCGGAGUUAGCUGCAUCAUUUAGAGAUACUUUGAAGAGCCACAGAAAAGUAUUUAUUUUAAUGGUACACAACUUACCUUGAUUUGCUGUGACGCAGUUCCACCACUUUCAUAACUACUAAAAUAAGGGACAAAAUAUCAACGUUAAGAUCACAUCUGAUCAAGGUGAACAUUUUUCAUGCCUUGAUCAAGGCUGUAAGCUGGUAAAGGAGCAUGUUUGUGCUUUUCACGUUAAUGUAAAGGGUUAGCUCUUUUUUUAUUUUUCAGUUAUUUACAGUUUUAUCAGACUAACCCAAAUUAACUCUUGAUAGGGCAGAGUAACUGUGAGGCGUUGUAGAUGUUCAGCUCUGGUAGGAUUGUGCUACUGUAUCCAUAGUGUGCCAGCUAUAUGCUCUACACCUUAGAGGCUUUAGUGGUGUCGUGCCAAGUUUGUACUGAGUUCAGUGGGUUAUGAGAUAUACGAGGUGUGUGUGCGUGAGUGCGUGCGUGAGCUUCAGACGCGGAAGUUGUUGUAUGUCGUACAUUUCAAAGUUUACUGUAUCUUGCCUUGCACUUUACGAAGAAGCAAACUUAAUGGGGAAAAAAGACAUUUGUGUGCAUGUGCGCGUGCGUGUGUGUUUAAGAUUUCGAGUGUUUACGAGUGUUUUUUUUAAAUUGAUUUGAAGACGAAAAAUCUUUUAUUUAUGAUAGAUGUAUACGGACAAAAGUGUGUUGAUAAAAUGUAAUAUAUCUAACCAAACAUAAAAGAAUGAUAAAUAUAAAGAUGUAUACACCAAUGUUUAUUACAUCAGUGGUUGUACGUUACACCCACAGCAGCUUGAGAUCUCCCAUCUAACGCCAAUGUUACUACAUGUGAUUAUGUGUCAUUCCACUGCCACAGCAACGCCAUUGAAAUGUCUUUCCAAUGUUACACCAAUUGGUAUUGAAAUAGUAUUCUAAAAAUCCAAUAGAUAUUAAGGUUAUUCUACCUUUAAGCCAAAGUUGUUGGAGUUCUCUGGUGUUGUUACAGACUACUGAUGAAUUGUUUACACAAAAUAGAGUUGUCAUAUUCAGCUUAUGUUUCGCCGACAUUUGGGCGAAGUCUUGUGUAUAAUUUUGAAAUUAUAACAUCUACUGAGAGUCUACCUUCUGCUUUAAUUAGCAUUUUUUGUGCUGAAAACAAACAAACAUGUCUACAGUUUGGGUAACACACAUUUGUGGAAGCCAAUUUAGGGAUUAAAAAAACGAAUUGCCUGUGUUUAACGGUCUUUUAACCAAGGAUUUCAUAGUUUGUCUUUUAAAAGCAUCUUUUUUUUUGGGUUGUUCUUUCUGCGACUGUCUUUUUUUUUUCAUACAGCAAAAAUGUCAUUUUCGACUGAAACUCUUCAGAGGAGUUACAUGGAGCUGAGACACUGAAAUGAACCCACAGAUUUCAAACACCUCACCAUGUUUGUGCAACAGUAUUUCAUAGACAACAUUUGUGAACGCACCCCCCUGAUCUGAACAGCCUAUAUAUUGAUAUAUUGAGACUGUGUGCGCAAUGCUGGAAGCCAGACUAGAUGUUGCACGACCUUGUACGUUGCGAGGUGUUUUAUUGUGUUUUUGUGUGCAGUGUGUAACAAAGACAAAGUCAGCGCAACCCUUUGGAGAUUAAAUGAAUUAUUGAAGUG